AUGUCGCUCCAACCCUCACUUCUUGGUGUCCUACGCCUCUUGGAGACUAUCGAUGCAAAAAUGUUGGUGUUUCGAAGCCUUGACUCCCACAUGUCGCAGGACACGAGUGAGCCCCUGAAGCUAUCGUCGGAUCUUAUCCAGAAGUUGAUGCGUUCGCCCCUCAUGGCGCGUGUCGACGGACAUCCUGGUCAGAUAUUGAAGGCAGCAGCGGAGGUGCGAAUGGACUUGCCUUCGCUGUUGCGCCACCCGUUCUUGGAGCAGAGCUCCAACGACUCGAUUGAACAGCCGGCGGAUGGCGAGGCACAUUCAAAUUCCGAGGUGUUCGAGUUGGAGCGCAUACGAUGGAAAGUUCGCGGCGUGCCCAUUUCAACAGGCCACAGGAUCCAGCUAGUCGUGUUUCUGGCAAUGGGAGGAAAUGCGUCUCGUGCUGCUUCAAGCUGCCACUGCAACAGAGAAGAGGAGAAUCUCUUGAAGGAGACAACGGGAGAUGCUAGCGUUUCUAGCGACAUCGAACAACCUCACCCAUCAAGCAGUGCAAUCAACGUCAUGGGGUGCCAACUUAAGCCGAAGUUCGGGAGAGCGCAGUACGUGAUGGUCUUUCCAAACCGACGACCGGGUCUGGACGAGAGCAGUGCUGAUGCUGAACAGUUCCGGAAGCCUGUCCCAUCGGCCGUUUCAGAUUGGAAGGACAUAUUCCAGCAAAGCGAGCCCCCGAGUACGAUCAAAAACGGAAUGGCAUUUCAGGACUUCGUGUGUGAAGUUAUCAAGAAUGUGCAGCUGGUGCUUGAGCGCAUUGGCUGUAACAUUGAACGGGAUUGCUCUGUGGAUGAUGACGAGGUAUUCCUGGUAAUUCAAGUUACUAACCACGAGACGCUCGACUCAAUGGCAGAAAGGAUGGAGGCCCGAGCUCAAGUAAAGCCCAAGGCCUACGAGCGGAAGACCUUCAAAUGCCCGACGGACGUCAAAUUGCGCGAAGGUGAUGGCAGCGAAGCAACUUUCAAGCGCACCGACACAGGUGACCGGUAUCUAAAUGGGACAGUGAUCGACAAUUCCUGCCCAGCCUUCGUCCGAUUUUCUAAAGACAUCAAAGACAAGGUGGAGGACUUUACUGAGCCUGAACAGCUGCGGAUUGUGCGGCGGACGAUCCUGCCGAAGAUAGAUUUGGCUGCGCUGGAGGAGACAAAGGUGCUCACCCAGUUUUUUGCAGCCCACGACUGGGAUUCCUUACAGGAGCUUUACAAUCGUGGCUGGAGCGACCCGACAAGGCUUUUUGUAUGGCCGAGCCACACGAUGCCCGACUACCUGGCUAACUACUUCGGGGUGCAGGUGGCCUACUACUAUCAUUUCUGCAACAUGUAUACAAGGUCUCUGCUGGGGCCAGCCAUCUGUAGCAUCCUCGUCCUAAGCAUGCGCUUCAGCGGCUGGCUGAGCCAUCAUCAGCGGCAGUUGGUGAACAUGAUCUAUGGCAUCGGGCUGUGCGUUUGGACGACCUAUUUCCUGGCCAGCUACAAUCAGAGCCUACGCUUCAAGAGCUUGCGAUGGGGCAUGGAUGGCACGAACUCUGCUUCUGCUGCGGUUCGACGGCAAUUCAGAGACGACUACCGCGACACGGUGCGGGAGAGACUCGACAAUAUAUUUCACUGGAUGUUGUGCGCGCUUUUCAUCUGCGAGACUGUCGGAGUGAUUGCAUUCAUCAGUUCCAGGAGAUUAGCUGCCUUUAACAAUCCGGAUGGUGCUACCUUCGGCCUGCCCAACAAUGUUGCCGUUCAUGCUUUCAAGUACAUCAUCAUUGCCAACAUUAAGACAGUGAACGCUCUGUGGACUCGCCUCUCCCCAUAUCUGAGCAACCGUCAGAACUGGCGAACAGAUGUGGAGCUCAAGUCAAACAUGGUGCUGAAGCUUUUUGCAGUGAAGUUUGUGGUCUUUUACUAUCCUUUCUUUUAUACCGUUUUCCUCCAGCCAUACAUAGAAGGCUGUGAGGGCGACGUGAUGGAAGGUUGUCUUGCCCAAUUGCGGUCUGAUUUGGCCAGCUUCUUUGUGUUCCAGUUGAUUUUGGAAGCAGGUGAGGUCCUUUUCAUGCUCGCUAUGGUCAAAUGGCGAAUUUCGACAGAACUGGCGAACAAAAAGAAGAUCGCUGGCGAGGAAUACCACGAGGACCGGCCCUACCUUACUUACUUGGAGUAUCAAGCAUUGUGCAAGCCCUACACAGUAACUGACGAAGUCGCUGACUACAUGAAUGGGGUCCUCAACUUUGGCUUUGUCGCGCUGUUCGGCGUAACAACUCCAAGUAUUUGCAUCCUGUGCUUUUUGGGUGCUUUUCCCGCGAAGAGGCUCACUGCCUACAAGCUGUGCUUCGCUAAGCAGCGUGUCAUCCCACGCGUGCAGCACGGAAUCGGUUCAUGGUCUUACAUCUUGUAUUUCUUGGCAUAUGUAGGGGCCACUUCCACCUGUUACAUCGUCAUGUUCCUCUUUGACAGCUGGGAUCUGAGUCCCUGCCAGAGUGUGCUCGCCUUUGUCUUCGCCGAGAGGGUGGUUUGGGCACUCCAGUUCGUCGUUCAUUCGCUCCUUGGGGCAAAGUCAGUGGCCCAGAAGAGGAUCGAGGAAUACAACGACAACGUGUUGGAGGCAGUGCUGGAGAGACACGGGCCGGAGACAAUCGCUCAGGGUUCAACAAGACAGAGCGCUCGUUAUUCACGCUUCUCCCAGCAAAUUCAGGAGGAGAAAAAGUCUGCGUGA